GAAACAGACGCGAAUUACUGUGAAAAAUUCAUGAAGGGAGAACAGUCUUCGAAUAUCUUAGACUUCAUGGACGAGUCCAUGUUUGACUUCCUCAUCCAAAGCGACAUUAGAUACCAUGCAGUGUAUGUCCAGGAUGCGCCCAAUUCUUCACUUGUACCCAUGGACAAUGGUAAAAGCCUUGGCGAUCCUAGAGUCGACCGCAUGGAUCUUCUUGCGCCGUUACUACAGUGCUGCAGAAUACGCCAGGCCACGUACGACAGGCUGGUCCUCCUGAGUGGCGGUGGAAUGUCCAGGGCACUAAGAGAGGUCCUUGCCUACGACCCGGUCUCUCCCGUGCUCUCCGACGCCCACCUCCGUGCCAUGGACCGGCGCGUAACCCACAUCCUGGCUGCUCUCAGUGCCUGUAGCGAGAGGGAGGGUGGAUGGCAUAAUGUACUUUCUUAGAAGUGUAGAUAGGAAUAACUUGUCUGUUGAGGUUGUUAGUACUAUAUAAUUUUUGUGUGGUGUUUGGUUUGUUAGACUUGACACAGUAUGGUUAUGGAUACUUCUGAUUAAAUUUUUUGAAGUGAAUCGAACAGUUUUGAAGAUUAGUAGUAGUACCUUAAUUGUACUUGAUUUCUUAUAUGCAUGUUUCAUUUCUUAAUUAAUAUUGAAAUUAUUUCUGCAUUAGAUAUUAGAUUUUACAACGCAUCAAGUUGACGUAUAUUUCCUGAAUUCAGUACAAGUUAAACUUUACUUGGGGUCACACAUUUCUAGGACCCUCUAAAUUUUGGUAUUGAAGUCACACGGGUUAUUCGUUUGUCUAUGCUACUGAUUAAACUAUAUUAAUAGUUUCAAGUGUUA